UGUCCAGGUGUAUUGUAGUUUGUGUGGGUGGACUCUAGGGGAAGUAACCCACGCGCAUGUGUGUGUAGAUCUGAAUAUAUACAGGACAAUCCAACGGCGUUCAUCAGUGAAAACCUCACUGGACGAGUGAACAUGGAGCUGCCGCCUGUUGUCACAGUGUCGACUGUUUUGUGUCUGCUGACCGCAGCUGGAUUCCCAGUGUCUGAGGCUGGAUCUCCGGAGAUCAUUGGGCCGAUUCAAGUCCGGAGAACAUGUCGUCUGGGCAAACCUCUGGUCCUCCACUGUGAUGCUCUGUCAGACGGUGAGGAAGAGCUGACGCUGGUCUACUGGCUGGUCAACGGCACCUUCCCUGAGGAGACGUCCAGCAGUGGCAGAAUAAAGGAAGUAACAGAAUCGUCUCUGGAGGAGGGCACCGUCAUACACAGGAGUCUGCUGCUGAAGAACGUGGUUCCAGAAGAUCUCAGGUCCAUCUUCACCUGCGUUGUGACCAACACGAUGGGUAUGAGCCGGAAGCACGUGAGACUGUCGCUCACAUCCGGUCGUUGUAGAAAAAGAAAUGGAAGAACAAGACCCUAAGUCAGUGUGCUGCCGUAAAUAUACCUUAAAUGACGAAAACUACAGCAUGUAUCGCAUUGGUGGUUCAGUGGUAGAAUUCUCGCCUGCCACGCGGGAGGCCCGGGUUCGAUUCCCGGCCAAUGCAACAGUUCCUUUUUUUUUUUUUUAGCUUCCGGCAGGGAUUAAUCUCCAGAGGGCUUAAUAAAGUUUUAUAUAUAUAUGUAUAUCUACGCUACUGUAUAAUGAUGUUGUACAGCAGGUGGUGCUAGAGAGGACCAACAAAACUGUUCAAAUCCGAUCCUUUAUUUUCCUAUUUGCGAGUGAGUAGAAGUAGUUUAAUGUCAUUCACUGUCUCUGUCUCUGUGCAGGUGGACUCAGACUAGAUUAUAAAUAAAUUAACUAACUAAAUCUUCUGUUCGUUUUACAUCAGGCACUGAAACAUUUUAUAAAUAAACACACUGUGUCCAUAAAA